AUGAGUUCCGGGGAUUGCGAAUCCGACGAAAUAACGGUGACCCAUGCAUCCCGACGGAAGAACGAUGCCAUGCGAGUCGUCAUCACCGACGGCAGCACCGAAAUCGCGCUUGCUCUAGCCUACAGGAUUUUCUCCGACGAGAUAUUCGGACCUGAUCAAUCGAUCUUCCUCAGCAUACACGAGUUUCACAGCAGAGCAGUGUUUUUGGAGAGUGUCGCGAUCGAACUCACUCUGUGCAGUCCCAAUCUCCUGGAAGGCAUCGUGUACGGUCACGAUGCAUCGGUCGCAUUCGAGAACGCGGACGUAGUUUUCUGCAUCGGUCCAGCGAGGGAGUACUGGUUCAAUGAAGAAGAGUACAAUGAUCCGUUCUUCAGGGAAUUCGUCGAAGUUCUAAAGUCCUACGGCAAGUUCAUCGAGAGUUACGCGAAGAAGGACGUGAGGAUCAUAGCGCUGGGGAGCACCGCCGCUAGCAUAAUCUCCCGCUAUGCAACGACUACUCCUAGGAGGAACAUAACUGCGCUGUCGUUGUUCAAUUGGCGGAUCGCUGCCGCAUACAUCGCGGCACAGGCACAUUGCCAGCCGACGCACGUCAAGAACAUCAUAGUGUGGGGCACCAACAACAAAUACUGCUUUCCAGAUUGCAGGUACAUGUACCUGGCGAACGGUCAGCCCGUGACCGACAAGCUAAAGGUGUGGCUGAAGAAGGAGCUGCCGCGGAUUAUGCGAGGUAUCCUGCGCAGACCUGCCUACACAAGAUCUCUGGCGUACGCGCUGGCCGAUCAUUGCAAAAUUCUAUGGAACGGCACCCCGAGGAACGAAUGGACCUGCAUGAGCGUGCUGUCCGAUCAUUCUUACGGCAUCCCGGCUGGCAUAUUUUUCUCUUAUCCCGUCUUCUGCAGGGACAGACACUACGAGAUCGUUCAGGGUCUGGUCGACGACGAAUACGUCAGCAUGUACCUCUUGGACUUCAGCAGGCUAAUGAUCAAGGACGUCCAAGCCGCUCAGGCGGUGUGCGAUCUACGCGUUUGA